AUGUUGGAUUCUAUAGAGAACUAUAAGGAUUACUUCCCAAGUUUUGUAAAAGAAAAUUAUGAGCAGGAAACUACACUACAUUUAGAUAGGUUGAUCUAUCUCAUAGAGAACUACAAAUCACUACUUGAAGGUUAUGGGAAAUUGGCAGAGCUAAUUCGCUUAGCUAGCAAAUUUGAAGAGUUAUCAUAUAGGGGUUAUAUCAGCAGAUUCAUUAGAGUGCAAAUAAUCAAAGGGCUAUGGACGAUAUUCUCUGACAAGAAUGUCAUUCUUGGGAUCAGGCUCCGUAUAUCAGGUAUUUUAGUUUCACAUAUUCAUAAUUAUAAGAAACUAUAUUCUAGAAAUUGGUGGGAGAAUCCUUAUAUAACUAAAACUGAAGAGAACCCGGAUCUUUUCCUAAGUUGUGAAAGUGAUACUCUUAUGAGGAAUAUAAUUGACUGUGAAGUGAUUUGUGAAAUGAUUGAAAGCGAAUAUACAUGUUACCUGGAGACUGCAAGUAUGAGUUCAUCAAAAAGACGCGAUAAAAUAUCAUCAGUUAUUAAGAUUCUAGCUGCUUAUAGAUCUUUUAUAUCAAUGGAAACUUUAGAGAAUUUAUUAAAUAAGUGGUUAUCUCUUGACACAAAACAUAUUUCAUUCUUUAUAUAUUCAAGAAUUUUUUUGGCUUCUUGUUCACCACAAUUUGCAUAUAAACUUGUCACUUCUCAGAGGCUAUUUAAAAUAUGGAGUCUUGUCAAUAGGCAAAUAGUAGGGACUUGGGAUUCAGUUAUGGUAGCUCUUUUAUCAAGAGCAGUUAAAUAUUCUUGGUACAAAAGAGAUUAUAAUGAAGCACUUUAUAGAAUGACAGAUAUCAUUCUUGACAAACUUGAAUAUCUUUUUCAGGUAUUAUAUCACCAUAUAGGAGUGCCAAUACUUCAUAGUGCAUUUGGAGGAUCAAAAGAUGGUACUACAUUAAGUAACUCCUUUUCAGCAAGCUCUGGAAGCACAUCUCUAGUGCUUCCACAGCCUAGAGUUCCACAACUUGUUGGUGAAACAUUACCUAGUGAGAUAUAUGGUCCACUAACAGCCAAACCAAUUAAUAUAUAUAAUGGGUUUGCUAUAAUAUUUGUUUAUUCUCUAAAUUCUCUAUAUUUAGAGGAAAUUUUUAAUGAAAAAGAUACAAAUAAUAGGAGUGAAGAUUUCAAUGAAACUUUAUCUUCAGAAAUAUGUAAAAGUGCAUACCCAAACCCAUCUAUGUUGAAGAUAAUGAAAUGUAUAGAGAUUAUAUUGCAAAUAUUACAACCUCUAAAUCAUGCCUCAUCUUUUAGCAACUGCUCUCAUAAUACAUCAACAUUUAUACAGUCAUUCACAUAUCAGUACUGUAAGCGAGUUUCCAGAGAAAGAUAUGCAAUUUUAAACAAUGAAUUUCCAAGUUAUAGUCCAAAUCUGACUUAUAUAUCAAAAAGACAUGGAUUAUUAUGUAGAUUUGAUGAUGAAUUUGUCUUCUCAAUUAUUUUUCCAAUUAUAGAACAAGGAGUAUUCAGUAAAGAUCUUCUAGCUUUAGGACGCUUUGAAGAUGCUAUUAAAAGAUGGAUAUAUAUUCUACCAGACAUAAUACUUCCAUAUAUAGUAAAUAUAAGGAUACUUCCAGCUUUAGAGACAACUAGUGAAGUUCAUCAAUUGAGUACUGCUUUGAGAAUCCUGACAACCAUAUCACCAUUGUUAGUUCAAUUUAUGCCACAAAUUAUCCCAAGAUUGUUAGAACUUACACUACAGGGUAUUGAUGUUUCAGAUCCAUUUAAGACAAAUCAUUCUUUAACAUUUUAUUCUCAUUUGUUUAAUACUUUGCAAAAUAUUAAAAUAAAUUUAGACAAAUUUGAUAGUCAAAUAGCUUCUGAGGAUUUUUAUGAAGUUUUAAAGAAAAUAAUGAACAAGGAUGGGUGUGAUACCAGAGUUAAUAGCAUAUAUUAUCAAUUGAAGGUUUUAUAUGCACUAUAUAAUUAUCCAGUACAUCUUGUGGAAUAUGCUGGAACUUCUAUGUUUGAUAUGGGGAUUAAGGAGAUUCCGCUAUCAAUAAUUUCGAAAGUUUUAGAUGAUGGGAAGUCUAAAUUAUCAAUAUUCAGUGAAGAUAAUAAAGAGAUUUAUGAAGAACGAAAGGAAAACUUUCAAUUCUUGACUAAUGUUCUGUCAUAUGAGUUAUUAUAUGAUAAGAUAAAAGCUAGAUUAUCGGUUAUUCAUUAUAUUUAUAAUUACUGGAUAUACUCAUUUGUUGAUAAAGUACUUGAGUUACUUAGAAAUGUAGCUAAACCUACAAAGAAUGGUGGAUUCAUGUCUUCUGUAGAUAUGGGUGUAACGUACUCUCUUAGACUUGUUCUUUCUUCGCUAUUUAUUCAAUGCAAUUUAGUUGGAUAUGAAUAUGUAAUUAAGGAAUGUUAUACGACAAUCAUGGAUUGGAUCUGCCAAAAUUAUAUCCCAGAAAAUUCUAAACAUGUCUCUAAACUACUUACCUGUAUGGGUGCUUGCAAUCCAAAAAUUGCACUAGAAAUUUGUUUACCAAAGCUAGCUAACAAAAUAACUUAUAGCUAUCAGCAAAAAUCAAUGGAUAAACAUAUAAAUUCCAAUGCUAUAACCUAUAAUUUACCAGAUGAAUUUAAAGGAAUAUUUCCUAUCUCAAAUAUCCCAAAAGUAGAUAUUGAAGAUGAAUCUUAUAUAAUCUAUUAUCUUUAUUUGAUAUCAAACCUUAUACGCUAUUGCCAAAAUAUUCUUCUUGAGAAUGCUGAUAGUUUACAUAUUAUUAUAUCUUUAUUAAGCAAUCUAUUAUUGGAGCCUAAGACAAAGAUCUUUAGGAUGGCUCUAAAACUUCAACAAAGACUUAUAGAAUCUCUUUUACAUAUUCAAGUAAUAGAACGUUCUAUUUAUGAUAGAGCGUUGAUCUCAGAUAAUAAAGAUAUAGCUAUAACUUUACUUCUUUGGGGGUUUCCAUUUUUUAUUCAGGAAAACAUUAUUUCCAAUUUCAUUUCACGACUAUCACUUGUAAGCGACUCAAUAUACCAGGAUAAUGAAUACUAUGUUUGUAAACCAAUAUGGUAUAUACCUUCUCAUUCAGCAAUAAAUAUUGUAGAGCAAUUGAUUGUAUUAAAUAUGAAGAUAGUAUUAAGGUGUUUAAGCUACUUUAAAAUAACUGAUUCUAAUUUUGAGAAUUUGGUUACUACUACUUCUAGUUUCAGCUCUUGUUGGUUUUUCAUUAAUGAUGAUAUAACUAUACAAAGUAUUAAGAAUUUAUCAAUGUUAAGUGUUCUUCAAAGAUGUUUUGCGACAAUAAGAACAAUACAUAAAGCUCUUUCUCCUUUAUUCCCAAAUGUAAGUCAAGACUCUAGUUCCAAAUCUACACUACAUAUUCCACUUGUUGCUCCAAUUGAAAUUAUAGAGAAAUAUUCACCAUUAAUAUGUUCCUUUUAUGAAGAUUGUAUAAAAACUAUUCUUCAUAUCUUUUCUAUUUAUACAGGCGUACAUUUUGGAUCAUUGAAUAAUUUUGAUAAUAAAUACAAUUCACUAUAUAUUGACGAUUCAAACUCGAAUAAAGCUGAAAUCAAAUCAGUUACAAAGAAUUUAGAUAGUGAAUAUACCUUAAUGGCUCCGAAACUGCAAUUAGGUGGUACAGAUGAGAUAACAUUUAGAAAGAAAAUUGUUAAGACUAUUAAUCAAUGUUUAAAUCAUUAUUAUUCCUCACUUACUAGUUUAUCAAUAUCAACACUAUACAAUACUAAAUUUUUGGAAACUACAAUGUCUUGGAUAUCAUUCACAAAUGGAAUUUCUAAGAAUUCAUACCUAAUGUAUAUACCAAGAUUGUAUUGGUUAAAACAUAUUCAAUAUAGUUGGAAUAAGCGAAUAAAUUAUAGUAGACAUGUUUAUCAAUUUCACGGAUAUCGUAAGGACUGUAUUUAUAUGCUGGCAUUAUUAAGUUUAGGUUAUUAUCAUGGAGUAAGGAAAUCUGCUCAGCUUUCUUUAAGAGAGUGUUUAAAUUCUCAUAUUAAUUCAAGAUAUCCGGUAGUAGAAUUUAUUUUAUAUGAAACUUUUGCUUCAAUUUUAAUCUACAAAAUUAUGAAAGCAGAUGGAGAUCAUAUAAAUCAGAUUGGAAAUUCUCCAAAUGAUUCAAGAGAUAUUAUUAAUUGUAAUUUUAUAUUAUCUACCCUCAAUAAAGCAGAUAUUGAAGAUUAUCUUUGUAACCACUUAAAGGGAUUUGCUUAUUCUAUUGAUGAAACUACAGCACAAAGGUGGAUGUGGGGGAAAUUUAAUCUUCUUUAUUACUUUGUAAGUCUUUGUGCACUCUCAUCAACUUUGACUUUAACCAAGGAUACUGAUCAAUUACAAAUGAUUAGCUGUUAUAGGCAUAUAUUAGGAAAUCGGGAGUUUCAAAGUAUUAUAAAUAACAUAGAAGAACCAAAUAGAGAUGAUAGAUUCCGUCUUAUUAAAUUGGAUCUUAGAUUACAACGAUUGUGCAGUCAUUUUCAGUUGAAGAUUCCAUCAAUUACUUUAAACUAUGAUAUUUAUCCAUGUAGUUCAAACAUAUCAGAAGGAAAUUUAUCUAAUUUUUGUCAAUUAGGACUUGAUAAUAUAAUUAACAGAAUUUUGGAUCAUUUAAUAUAUAUUGUAUCAAAUUCUACUCAGAUUACUGGAAAAUUACGCCUAGUUAUAAUUUGGUCAUUUUUUAUUGAUGGCUUGAUUAAUCAACUUUUGAACAAGAGUAGUGAAGUUAGAUACAACUUGAUAAGUGACGACACUAUUUUGAAGUAUUGGAAUUUUCUUUGGAAAUGUAUUAAGGAUGAAAGACAAGAUGUUCCUAUUCAAGUUUUGGCAUCUCAUAGUAUCGCCUUUUUAAUUCAAAGUAUAUUGUUUGAACAACCACUAUUGAAUAAAAUAGCUGGAUCAAUUGAUGAUAUUCAACCUGAAACAAUACAAAAUAUUAUUGAUAAUAUGGUUAAUGUAAACCAUUCAAAUAAAGAAUCAAAGCAGAACUUGGGUCAUAUUUCAUCCAAUAUAGGAAUUCUAACUUAUAUGAAUGAUUUUGUUACUAAUUAUGUAUCUAUAAAUAUUCCCUUUCCUUUUCAUAGAAUGUAUUUUUCCAAAAACAAUUUAUCAAUAAUAAACGUAAUGUUCUUCCAGUCAAUUUUAAUAUUAUUAUAUAUUAGAAACUAUUGUAAAGAUAGUAAUUCAGACAAUAUAUCUAGUCAAUGUACAGAAAGUAUUUUAAAAGUUUUGAAGGAAUACACAUCAACUAAUUUGAGAGUAGAAGUAGAAAAACACUUUACAGCAUUAGAGAUUAUUGCUUCAAUAUUUUCCAUAUCAACAUUAAACAAUGAGAUGGAUGAAUUUAUUUUUAAGUACCUUUCAACAAGUAUUAAACCUAUUCUUGCAACAGAAUUUCAGCAAGUCGAUCCAAAUUUUGUGUUUGAUUUCAUGGAUUGUGUUAAAAUAUGCCUUACUCCCUACAGUUGCCUGAGUAUGAAGAAGUACUUUAAUAAAGAAUUUCAGUACACUCCAGAUCGUUUCUUAUCCUUAAAUAUUCUUAUUUCAUUUUUGUGUAAUCCUUACAAAAGUAUCUCAAUUGAUGAUAAUGAAGUGGAUACAUACUCUAUAGAUAUUGAUGGCUUAUCAACAUUUGAUCUUACCAAGUACUUAAGAACUUAUCAGAGUGGAAUACGCGAGAUAACAAUGAAUCAAAGUAGCUCUGAUAAUCUAGUAAAUUCAUCUUGCUUUAUUAAGUUAUAUAAAAGUGGUUUCGAAUUACUCAAGUUAACUUUUUCAAAGCCACAUAACUUUAAACAAGUGCGUGAAGAAGUCUCAAAUCUACUCCAUUCAAUGAUCAUUGCAUGUAACUUUAUAUCUGGAACCAAUGAAAAUUUAAGGAGUAUAUGUAGAGAAUUUAUUGACAAGAGUAUUUUACCUCUUGUUGAUAAUGUUAUACAAUUGAAUCCUGAAGAACUGGAAAAUAUUCCAUCCUACACUGAAAUUUUUCUCUAUUAUUGUAUAUUGAGGGAAUUAUACUUGAAACCCACAGACAUUUUGAGAUUUGGACAUCCCAUUGAUAUUAAUAUAUUAAUGAAUUUUAUCACAUCAUUACAAACGCUCCAAAUUGACAAUGAUAGUAUAAAUUUGUCAUAUAAGGCGGUGCUACGAUUAUUGUUAUUUCACCUAACAUAUGAGUUUAAUACAAGUGGAGGCCACAAAAAGCUUCAAGCAUUGAUAGAUACAAAUAUAAAGUGGCGAACACAUCAUUCAUUGAGAUUGAGGAUAUUCUGCAUAAGGGUGUUUACAAUCAUUGCAGAAUAUUAUGCUGUUUAUAUAGCAAAUACCCAGCUACAGUUGAAAAUAUUCAAUAGCAUAAUUUUUGGUCUUUUCGAUCAACAAUCAGAGGUAAGACAACUUGCAAAGCAAGCUUUGAGUAUUUUGUUCAGAAGUAUCCCAAAAGAAAAUUAUAAGUUAUAUAUCAGAGUAUUUAGGAAUUGGGUAAGUAAUCCAGCUUCGGAAGUUCAGGACAUAAUUACAUUACCAGCUGAUUUACUUUGUGAUGGUAAUGGAUUAAAUGAAGAUCUAUUUUUUUCAUCGGGCAUUCUGGGACUUAUAUCAUUAAUCUUAAGUCAACCCUAUACUGUACCUUCUUGGCUUCCUGAAGUAAUAACAUUUGUAGCUUCAAAUGCAAAUCAAAAAGCUCCUGGUCUUAUUAAGAGGCAAAUAGAAGCUUGUAUCCAGGAAUUUUUCAAAACUCAUCAAGAUGGUUGGGAUUUCAUCCAUAAACAUAAGUUUAGUUCACAUCAGCUUGAGAUUCUUGAUAUUUAUAAAGGUAGACCUUCUUAUUUUGCAUGA